AUUUUUCUAUGAAUGGAAUGGAAUGGUACCGGGAUAAACAUACUGUUGUUUGGUGUAAUACAACUUUCUGAUAUGUUUCAUCUACUAUCCCAUAACAGCUUUUUAUAAUUAUACUUUUGCGUGAGUACGAUACACAUUGAUCGCAGAAGAUAUAGCGGAAAGAGCGAUGGUUAGUUUCUCAAGCUUAUCGCCUUAUCUAUAUUACAUUAUCUCACUCUUGAUGGAUUUCCGGAACUAUAUAGCUAAGUAAAGCGAUAUAUGGUUUGUACGAAACCUUAAAAGGUAUAUAGAUGAUGACAAAAGUUUAAACCUUUUUCAGGUUCAGUAGAGUACCUUUGUUUUUUAGAGAGUAAGCGUUGUCUUUGAUUCAAAAGUUGUGGAGGUGGUUCACAUGCGAUCUGCAGGUAUAAGUUCCUAUAGUAAAGAGACAGAGCGAGUGCAAACGAGUGUUAUCUCGUCGUGAAUACUGUGCUAAUAAAUGGAAAAAACAAGCGCCCUCUCGUAUGCACAGAGAGAGGGGCAUAGUACGAAAGGUUUUCUGUUACUAUACUUUCAAGAGGUGUAUGAAAAUUGUUCGAGUAUGAAACCUUGAAGAGUAUGAUACAAAAACCUUGAAGGGUAUCUUACGAAAUCUCUUCGAUCACUAAACCUUACUGAGGUUUCGCAGAUCCAUACCAUACCUGAUUGGUAUGGGAAAGUUCCAUAGAACCUCGCAAGUUUCAUACCAUACCUUUUUUUUCCAGAGUAGGCAUAAAAAGGACGAUGAAGAUAACGGAGGUGAAGAGAAAUAUGCUUGGAGUAAAAAAGGUAGGAACAAAGCCGCGAAGAAAGAUGAUGUACGGGGAAAGUCACGAAUUACAAAAGCACUGAGGAAGGUGACGGAGAACGUCGAUGAACCUCGACGCCGAAGACGUUUAAAGCGUGCUGGAAAAUUAUCGUGUUCUCCCAAAUGUUGUCUGGCUGCCUUAGUGCCAGCAGUUUUAGGUUUACUUGCAUUAAUAGGAGCAAUAACUGGAGUGUUGUUAGGCAGAGCGACGACAACUAUGCCAGCGAGUAGGCCACGACAACCAGCAGCACUACCUCUACAACAACGUCGACAACGUCCACUACAACGUCUUCUACAACGUCGACUACAACGUCUUCUACAACAUCCACUACAACGUCUUCUACAAGUACUUCCACUUCGACAACCACAUCGUCGACAACGACAACAACAACAACUUCGACUACGACAUCCACUACUACUACUACAACAACAACAACAACAACGACGACGACGACGACAACAGAUACGUCGACAACUACUACCUCGAGCAGCACUACCACGACUUCAAGUACAAGCACCACAACCACCACUUCGACUUCAACCACGAAGACUACAACUACAUCCACCACCACCACCACUACAUCGACAACAACAACAACGAGCACUACAUUCACCACUACCACCACUACAUCGACAACAACAACAACGAGCAUUGUAUAUCGACAAUGUGUCAGUUAAAGACAGUAGUGGUACACAACUGCUAGUGAACAAUGACUUUUCCAGUAGUAUUACAACCGGUUGGUCAGUAUUUUGUACAUGUUCCGGCGGCGGUGGUGGAUAUCAGGCAAGUGUUGGAUGUUAUGGUGGCACUGGAACAUGUUACUAUGAUGACUGUUCGGGUAGUUGGCACUACUUGGCACAAUCGAUUGGCACUGUUGUUAGUGCAGUGUAUACAAUUGGUUUUUCAUUGGCAAUUGAUCCAGUUGGAAGCACAAAGUAUGGAAUGGGAAGUUCGUCCCAAGGUGCCCUUAUAUAUGUUAAAAUGAAUUGA